AUGGUCAAAGCUAAUAACAAUAUUGAGUCAGUUUAUCAAAAUUUAUUGCAAAGCCAUGACCCAAAGGGUCUACAAGAGAAUACUGAUAAAAUCGUAUCGCUAAUAGAAUCAAUGAAAAAAUUAUCAAUAGCAGACCUAGCGGUUCGUGAUCCUGGGAUGAUUCUGGGUAUUCAACCUGUUAAAACGUUAAAAGAGAUAGUUCGAGGUGGACAACCUGUCCAUAUAUUAAAAGAGAUGGUUCGAUUUGUGAAAAAAGUUGUUGGCAAGACAUAG